AUGGCCCACAAACAGAUCUACUAUUCAGACAAACACUUCCAUGAACACUAUGAAUACUGGCAUGUCAUGUUACCCAGAGAACUUUCCAAACAAGUACCCAAAACCCAUCUGAUGUCUGAAGAGGAGUGGAGGAGACUUGGUGUCCAACAGAGUCUAGGAUGGGUUCACUAUACUAUUCAUGAGUCAGAACCAUAUAUUCUUCUCUUUUGA